AAGGGGUCUUCUGAAUUGCAGUGGCAGAAAGACCUGAGAACCUCUGUGGCUUAGCUGCUUUCAAAGCUAAAGGAGGAAAGGACAAGAAUGGUGGAGGCUUUCUGUGCUACCUGGAAGCUGACAGACAGUCAGAACUUUGAUGAGUACAUGAAGGUUCUAGGUGUGGGCUUUGCCACUAGGCAGGUGGGAAAUGUGACCAAACCAACAGUGAUUAUAAGUCAGGAAGGAGACAAAGUGGUGAUCAGAACUCAAUGCACAUUCAAGAACAUAGAGAUUAGUUUCCACCUGGGAGAAGAGUUUGAUGAAAUCAGUGCAGAUGACAGAAGCUGUAAGUCUGUUGUUAACCUGGAUGGAGACAAACUCAUUCAUGUACAGAAAUGGGAUGGCAAAGAAACAACUUUAGUCAGAGAAAUUAAGGAUGGCAAAAUGGUUGUGACUCUUACUUUUGGUGAUGUUGUUGCUGUUCGCUACUAUGAAAAGGCAUAG